AUCCCUAUUUCUACUCAAAACAGUCGCUCUCGCUCUCGCUCUCGCUCUCGCUCUCUAGGGUUUUCAAUCUUCUCUCUUCUUUACUUACUGUAAGAUUUCUCUGGCUUUUCCGCUUCUCUCAUCUUCAGUAAUCAGUCAUGACUCAGUCACAAGAGGAAUUAUUGGCCGCUCAUCUUGAGCAACAGAAGAUUGAUCAUGAUGAACCUGUGAUUGAGGAUGAAGAUGAUGAUGAUGAGGAUGAUGAAGGGGAUGAAGAUGAUGCUGAAGGGCAGGAAGAUGCUAGUGGUAGGUCAAAGCAGAGCCGAAGUGAGAAGAAAAGUCGCAAGGCAAUGCUAAAACUUGGAAUGAAGCCCAUAACUGGUGUCAGCCGGGUCACAGUGAAGAAGAGCAAGAAUAUUCUAUUUGUCAUAUCGAAGCCAGAUGUUUUCAAGAGCCCAAAUUCGGAUACAUAUGUUAUCUUUGGAGAGGCGAAGAUCGAGGAUUUGAGCUCACAAUUGCAGACUCAAGCUGCAGAGCAGUUCAAGGCUCCUAAUCUGAAUAAUGUUGCACCAAAGCCUGAGCCGGCAACUGCACCCCAGGAUGAUGAAGAUGUAGAUGAAUCCGGUGUUGAACAGAAGGACAUAGAGCUGGUGAUGACCCAGGCUGGAGUUUCUAGAGCUAGGGCCGUCAAAGCUCUCAAGGAUGCAGAUGGAGAUAUCGUCUCUGCUAUUAUGGAGCUCACUAACUAGCUAAAAUUUCACAUUUAGAUUUGUUCUGUGGUAAAGGUUCCCAUAUUCCCUUUGAAUAUGUCUUAAGAUAUUGGAUAAUUGAGGCUGAGAUGCUCUGUUUUCCUUUAUUUUCUUGCAUGUUCGGAUGUACAACACCAGCCACUGGAGGUUAUGAUAAUGGUUCAGGUCAUAGUAUUCACAAUAUUCAGAGUCUUUUCGUAUUUCGGGAGUAGAAGAAGAGAGACUGCUCUGCUUUGCAGAUUGUUGAUUUGUAGAAGAGUCAUCACCAUCUCUGCUGAUGCAUAUUUCUGCAUAGCGAAGCAGAAGAGCGACCGGAGCUCAGCAGAAAUGUUCUUUUUGGGCACAAAAUUGUGAUUUGGUUCCUUCUUGCUUCCCUGCAAUAUAAACGAUUAAAAAUCGAACUGA